ACUCAGUUUUCAGUAACUGAAUAGACAUCAUGUCUCGAGCACGGCAACCCCCACUUGUAACCGGCAUCUCUCCCAAUGAAGGCAUCUCCUGGACAAAAGUGACAAUUAGAGGAGAAAAUCUGGGGACUGGGCCUACAGACCUCAUAGGUUUAACAAUCUGUGGGCACAACUGUCUGCUAACUGCUGAAUGGAUGUCUGCCAGUAAAAUUGUGUGUCGAGUCGGGCAAGCUAAAAAUGACAAGGGAGACAUUAUUGUUACUACAAAGUCUGGUGGCAAAGGAACUUCAACUGUUUCCUUCAAACUGCUUAAACCUGAAAAAAUAGGUAUCUUGGAUCAGUCUGCUGUCUGGGUGGAUGAAAUGAACUAUUAUGACAUGCGCACUGAUAGGAACAAAGGGAUUCCCCCCUUGUCCCUACGUCCAGCUAAUCCACUUGGUAUUGAGAUAGACAAAGGCAGAUUUCCUCAAAAAGAUUUAGAGGCACUGUUUCCUGGCAUGAGUGCUGAUUUCACUAGUGAAAACUUUUCUGCUGCCUGGUACCUGAUUGAGAAUCAUUCGACCACAAGUUUUGAUCAGCUCAAAAUGGCUGUUGUGAAUUUGAAGAAACAAGCCAAUAAGAAAAAUGAGGGGAGUCUAGCUUAUGUGAAGGGAGGUCUCAGCACAUUUUUUGAAGCACAAGAUGCUUUGUCAGGUAAAGAUGCUUUGCACUUACUAAAUACAUCUCUUCUAAAAGUGUAUAAUGAACGCAAAACCUGUAUUGUGUUGGUCACGGUGUGGGACUGGCUAGCUGAUUGUUGUGAUACAUUUGGUGCCAUCUUUUGCAAAUAUAUCUUGCAGGAGGAAUUGGAGGCAUUUGAUGAAACUGCUUAG